AUGGAAGGCCCUUUUCGCAAAAGACCCCGCCUUUCUAUUUUCGCUGGCCAGGAAUCGCAAACCGAUCUCGACUCAGACCUCGAUGCCCUACGUUACAAGAAUGACAGCCUCCUGAAGUCGCGAUUCGAGUCAAUAUUUGCCAAAUACUCCCAGGACUUCAGUGGCGUUGGCGACGAAAUCGAUAUUGUACAGCAAAAGAUCGUGGUCAACAAUGGACAUUUGGAAAGCAUGGAAGGCGAAACAGAUACUGGCGAAGCACCGGGCGAGGACGACAAAGGAAGAUCGUUUUUGAGAGCAAUGACAGAAGCGCCUGCCGGUGCAGACUUGGGGUCUGAUCAAGAAGCAAAUGGAGUGCUUACUAGCAUUGAAGCAAUAGCGGAAAAUGCCGCGCUGUCCGAUGACGAGGACGACGGGGACGAGGACGAGCAGGAGGACGUGCAUGAGGACGAGGUCGACUGUAGUCCCAGCGAAGCCGAUGAAGCGCAUGCCUCUGCUCCUGUAGGCUCACGUCAUCCAGAUGUGCGGACUCCCGAUAUGUACGGCCAUUCGCCUUCGGUCGUCGCACCUCGCGGGAGCUACAACAAGGCGCAGCCUGAUACAAACGAUUCCGAUAAUGACUCGUUAUUCGAGGUAACAGAACAACAGCGAUCAACAAGCCCCGAUUCUCUCUUCGAAGUCGGAACUCGGAGUAUAUCAUCGGGUGAUCUUGCACCACCCCCAUGCUCACUGAACUUGACUGGGGAUCCAGAAGAAAGUGCUAUUCUGGAAAAGUACGGGCCUAAAAUGGGCCAAGAGGUCCUCGAACUGUUGCAUAAUGCGAGGAAAACAGCGGUCGAAGCCCAGGUGGAACCAGCCUGGCGCUUGCCACCAGAAUUGGUGUCGCCCAAGCGACGGAGGGAAUUCAACCAUUCGUCCCCUAUGUCAGGGAGGCCUUCGGAAAAUGGCAUAGCAAGCUCGGAACUUGAAGACGUCCCCGUCUCAGACCCCAGAGGCUCUUUCUGGAGAUCGAGCGUAAGGAAGAUUACACCGCAAUUCAGACGCCCGUCGAAACGCCUUAGAAAAGUCCGACAGGAGUCGGUGGAUCCCCUGCAGGGAGAAAUAUCUGGUGAUCAAAAUGGUGAAGGGGAGACUGUCACCACACCGGUCUGGAAGGAAGAGUCAGAUAACGCGGCGGUGGUGUGGAAGUCGAACAGGCCCAACGCAAGGGGCAGCGAUGAGCAGGUCCUUCAGAUGAAGAAGGGUAUCUGCUUUUAUUGCUCCCGCCAGUGGAAGACUAGGGCUUCCGUCUUCAGGCACUGGACCGAUUUGUUGCGCGAGGCUGAGGCAAUUGGAGUAUACCCUGACGACGUGCACGAUAUGAUAUAUAUCCGCGACUAUUAUCUGAAUGCCCCAACAGACCCUCGCGGACCUAGGAUGAGCGUUUCCAACCUCAGGAGACUCGUUGAAUUGCACGAAGGAAAGGGCCUGUCAUUUGACGAAAUCGCUCGUUCUGGCCUUCUCCGGAGCAAGAAGAGGGGAACACAAUUGAAAGAAGCUUAUGUCACGUUUCGGAAAAGGCGUGAGAGCAGGGCUAAGGGCGCAGUGCGUGAAUGGUCAGAAGAAGAGCUUGAAGCUUUGAAUCGGCUUUGUGAAAACCCCGAAACAGAAAUCGGCGUCUUUGCCCGCAAUUUCGCAAAUCGCACAACAACCGACGUCGUCGACAAAUUAGCUGAGAUAUGGCUCGCAGCUUUUGGGGAGUCUGUCAACGAUCCUGCACCGGGACCGCGCACCCCGGAACCUCAGAGCGAACCGGCAGACAAUGAAACACCUACGACGGCUCAGCAGUAUAAUUCCGAGGGCACCAGGAGGUCAAGUCGGCUGGCAUCUCGCUGA